AUGAUUCUGGCGAAUCUCUAUGAAUCUCUGAGCGAGAGUGUACAUUUCUUAAAGAACACCAAAUCCCAAGGGAAAAUCAACUUAUCAGGACCUUUUUGGCUCUUGCAACUAUGGCUCAAUGCCACCUUUGAAGCUAGUCUUCCUGUAGCACCAGAAAUAGAUGAAGAAGAAGUAAACAAUAGGACUGUCGAAUGGCCAAGAUUAGUGCUACUAACGCCAACUGAUGAAGGAAUCAGCCUUCGACAAGCUUUUAAAAGCUAUGUUAUGAUGUUUGCUAAAAGUCAUCAAUUUACUUCGACCAUGGCACCUUUUGCUGAUAGAAAAAUCGGACCUAAGUGGUUUACCCAACAGCUGCCCUUGGAGAUGCAAAAGGACGAAAACACAUUUCUGAAUGUUUGGGAAUCGUUCUUGACCCCUAGGCUCCUUUUUUCUUAUCGUAACACCACUAAAAACCAAAUUGCUUUGAUAGUUUAUCAACCCAACCUUGUUUCUAGACAAUUUGGUCUAAUCCAAAUCAAACCUCAACCUAUAUUCCCCAAAAAGGGGUCCAUCAUCUUUUAUAACUCCCUUCACACUGAAGACGAAGGCAAAGAGCUGUCGAAGAAACUAGCUGAUGCUUCUCUCGACAUUCGACCAGUUAUUUUUCGACCAUCAUUCUUAUGCACUCCUGAGUUUGAUGAAUGGUGGAAGGAUUAUUAUUCCAACAAAUUUUUUGACGUAGCUGCUUUUGCUACACAUUUGACAAAUGCUUUCGCUUUUGUGCAGGAUCGGACCAAAAAAGCCGUGAAGAUCCCUGCUAAGAAAGCUGUUGUCGAAGCGUCGCCCAGUACUGCUAAGAAGCCUUCGACAAAGGUAAGUCGAAAACCCUCAACAAUCCAAAAGAAGAAGAGUGAAGAGGAGAGAAAAGAGGAUAAAGUCCCUAGUGAAGAGUCUGGUGAUGAAUCUCCAGAGUUAGUCCCUCCUCCUCAGAAGAAAAAGAAACUCACGAAGGUUUCUUCCCAAAGGUCCAUCGUCAACCCAAUCAGGAAGGAUUCUGCCAGUACUUCUCCUGCCAAGCCUCAGUCGAAAGAUACGGGGAGUGGGAAAUCCGGUUUUAACACUGAAAUUCCUGAGGAACAAGUGGCUGUCGAAGGAACGUCUGAGAAAAUUUUGGAGGAAACAGCGCCAGAGGAAGAUAUCCCCGCCAGUGACCAUGACAUGCAAACCGUAGAAGAAUUCGACACUACAGUGGGUGAAGCUUCUGAAGAUGAAUCUCCUCCUCAUCCAGGAUUACAUGUUGCACCUCAGGGUGAUGAUAUUGAAAUGGAGGUUGUAGUCGAAGAUGAUCCUGAAGAUGGAGCUGCCAGAGAUGGGGACAACCAGUUGAAACGAACAGAGGUUGAGCCUACUUCGACGCGAAACACUCCACCUGCUCCUGACCGGGCCCAAGGGAGUGGCAAAUCAACUGUUUCAAAAUUGCAAAAGCUCUCUGAAACGUAUGUCGAAGAAGUUGCUGCUUGCAAUGACAAUAUUCAAAAAUGGAAAACACAGAUAGCAGCACUUCAAGAAAAGAUCUCUCAAGAGGAGAAACGUAAGGCAUCCAUUCAGCAACCCAAGUAG